GGCCGUUGGAAACAAAACCAGACUCCACUCAAAGCAAGUUCUCAUGUUAUCGAGCGAAGCCUUGGCUGUAUUCAGUUAAAUACCUAGCUAAACCACAUUUCAGAUUGAACUGUUUUCCUCCAGGGGAUUUAGACUUUCGUGGUGAAGAUGGGAGUACCGAAAUUUUAUCGAUGGAUUUCAGAGCGAUAUCCCUGCCUUAGUGAAGUUGUCAAGGAACAUCAGAUUCCAGAGUUUGACAAUCUCUAUCUGGAUAUGAAUGGGAUUAUCCACCAAUGUUCCCACCCGAACGAUGAGGAUGUCCACUUCCGCAUUUCCGAGGAGAAGAUUUUUGCCGACAUCUUCCAUUACUUGGAGGUGCUGUUCAGGAUCAUCAAGCCCCGCAAGGUGUUCUUCAUGGCGGUGGACGGCGUGGCACCAAGGGCGAAGAUGAACCAGCAGAGAGGACGGAGAUUCAGGUCUGCCAAAGAAGCAGAGGACAAGAUAAAAAAAGCUCUGGAAAAGGGAGAGGUGCUUCCCACAGAGGCUCGCUUCGACUCCAACUGUAUCACCCCUGGCACUGACUUUAUGGCCAGACUCCAGGAGCAGCUCAAGUAUUUUGUCCACAACAAGCUGUCCACCGACAAGCUGUGGCAGAACGUCAACGUCUACCUGUCGGGUCACGAGACUCCAGGCGAGGGCGAGCAUAAGAUCAUGGAGUUUAUUCGCUCUGAGAACAGAAAGCCAAGUCACAACCCCAACACCCGACACUGCCUGUACGGCCUGGAUGCUGACCUGAUCAUGUUGGGUUUGACCAGCCACGAGCCAAACUUCUCCCUGCUCAGAGAAGAGGUCCGCUUUGGAGGAAAGAAAAACCAGAAAAGGAUAACGGCUCCAGAGGAGACUACCUUUCAUUUGCUUCACUUGUCUCUGAUGAGGGAAUACAUCGAUUAUGAGUUUUCUGGGCUCAGGAGUCACCUCGGUUCUAAGUAUGACCUGGAGCGAAUAAUAGACGACUGGAUUCUAAUGGGCUUCCUAGUGGGGAACGAUUUCAUCCCCCACCUCCCAAAUCUUCACAUCAGUCAUGAUGCUUUGCCGCUGCUAUACAGGACCUACAUCUGUGCUCUGCCCACCAUAGGGGGCUAUCUCAACGAGAACGGCCAUCUGAACCUCCGAAACUUUGAGAAAUACUUGGAGAAGCUCGCUGAGUUCGAUCGAGAGCAUUUCAAUGAGGUCUUCGUGGACUUGAAGUGGUUUGAGAGUAAAGUUGCUAACAAGUAUCUGAACGAGGCGGCCGGUAAGGCAGCAGAAGAGGAAGCCGCCAGCAGAGACAAUGACAAGAAUCAGGACUCUGUCUCAUCUGGAAGGCUGGUCGGAGAAGGAAAGGGAGGCGACGAUGAGGAAGAGGAGGACGAUAUGUUUGAAACAGAGUUCAGACAGUACAAGCGCACGUACUAUAUGACCAAGAUGGAAGUGGAUGUGGUGUCAGAGUGA